UGUUGUUUUGAUGAAUAAUACUUGGUGGGGCGCGGGGGUGAGAGUAGGGGCGGCGGGCUAGCGGGGUUGACGCUCUCGGCAGCAGCAUCGCGAGCCCCGUCCUCCUCCUCCUCCCGCGGCCCGGCUCCGGCGCGGAGGCGGGGCGUGGCCGGCCUGCUCGGGGCGGGAGGGAGGGGCUUCCCCUCCGCUGCUGGCGCUGCCUGGGCGGCUCUGGGGGUCGCCCGCCCUCGGGGCGUCCACUCUGCAGUCGAACAGUCCCCCGCGAGGAGGAAGGGUACGGGGGGAAGCGGGAUCUGGAGGAAGCACGGCUGCUGCCACGCUGCCACCGCCACCGCCACGAAGACACACCGGGCUCGGGGCACGCGGCGCGGCGGGGACGGAGCUCCCGGCCUGGGCAGCCUGGGCGGCGGGGAGGCGGCGGCGCCCUAAGGUAUCCCGCCCCGCGGCCGCAGCGGUGGCGGCCCGAGGAGGCCGUGCUCGGGGCACCGGCGGCUGGAGGCGUCUCCGGGGCGAUCGGAGGGACUGACGCCAGGGCAGUUCCGUGCCUCGUGUGUUCUCGUUUGUUCACCUCUGACUAUGCAAUUCUGAGACCUCCCCCGUUCGGGGGCCCAGACAGCCCGACGGACACCUUCCACUCUCCUCCCGCCCCGAUCUAAAAAAACCCCACAAAACCCCAGCAGGAUCUCUCCCUGAACGCCUUUCACCAUUAAGAGGAAAGCGAUGGAGGAGCUGAGCGCUGAUGAGAUCCGGCGGAGGCGCCUGGCUCGACUUGCUGGUGGACAGACCUCCCAGCCGACCACCCCGCUCACCUCUCCCCAGAGGGAGAACCCUCCGGGGCCCCCCAUAGCGGCCUCAGCCCCCGGCCCCUCCCAGAGUCUCGGUCUCAAUGUCCACAACAUGACCCCAGCUACCUCCCCCAUCGGUGCAUCAGGAGUGGCCCAUCGAAGCCAGAGCAGUGAAGGAGUCAGUUCUCUCAGCAGCUCGCCCUCCAAUAGCCUUGAAACGCAGUCGCAGUCUCUCUCCCGUUCCCAGAGCAUGGAUAUUGACGGUGUCUCUUGUGAGAAAAGCAUGUCCCAGGUGGAUGUGGAUUCAGGAAUUGAAAAUAUGGAAGUGGAUGAGAAUGAUCGACGAGAAAAAAGGAGCCUCAGCGACAAGGAGCCGUCGGCGGGUUCGGAAGUGUCUGAAGAGCAGGCCUUACAGCUGGUCUGUAAGAUCUUUCGUGUCUCCUGGAAGGACCGGGACAGAGAUGUCAUCUUUCUUUCUUCUCUCUCUGCGCAAUUUAAGCAGAACCCAAAAGAAGUGUUCUCUGAUUUUAAGGACUUGAUUGGCCAGAUUUUAAUGGAAGUGCUAAUGAUGUCCACUCAGACUAGAGAUGAAAACCCAUUCGCCAGUCUGACAGCCACGUCCCAGCCAAUCGCCGCGGCAGCUCGGUCACCCGACAGGAACCUCACCCUGAACACUGGUUCGGGCCCCGGGACAAGCCCCAUGUUCUGCAGCGUGGGGUCCUUCGGCGCCAGCUCUAUGUCUAGCCUCUAUGACACUAGCCCCUCUCCCAGCGCGAGCUUCUGGAGCUCUGUGCCGGCCAUCGGCCUGCCUUUCGCCUCCUCCUCCGGGCCAGCCAGCCACGUGGCUGUGCCUUCCAUUUCCCUCAGUGCUCCUGGCCCGGCCCCCGGCGCUGGAAGCCAGCCGCCAUCGCCAUCGCCGCGGUAUCGCCCCUACACGGUCACCCACCCCGGGGGGCCUUCCAGCUCUCUCACCCCGAGGCCCCCAGGCAUCGCCCUUCUGGCCAGCUCCCCGGGCCUCCCCGCCCUCGCUAGUAGCCCUCAAGCAGUGCCGGCCAGCUCCUCCCGACAGAGGGCCACCAGCGCGGGGCCAGCUCUCCUGCCCGCCUCGCCCGGUGCCCUGAGCAGACGGCCCUCCUCCCUCAGGACGUCUCCUAGUAUGUACGACAGUCCUUUCUCCUUCCUCUUCCUCGCGCUUUCUGGGGACAGUAGUGAUGAUGAUGAUGAAGAAGAAGAAGAUGAUGAUGGUGAUGAUGAAGGUGUUGGUGGUGGUGAUGAGUUUUCUUGUGUCCAGUUUGGGUCCAGCUUCGGAGCCUGUGGUGGGGCGAGUUCUUGGGAUUCCUACAGUGACCAUUUCGCCAUCGAGACCUGCAAAGAGACAGAUAUGCUGAACUACCUCAUCGAGUGUUUUGACCGAGUUGGAAUUGAGGAAAAAAAAGCACCAAAGAUGUGCAGCCAGCCAGCGGUCAGCCAGCUCCUGAGCAACAUCCGCUCCCAGUGCAUAUCGCACACUGCGUUAGUGCUGCAGGGCUCCCUCACCCAGCCCAGGUCCAUGCAGCAGCCGUCCCUCCUGGUGCCGUACAUGCUGUGUAGGAACCUCCCAUACGGCUUCAUUCAAGAGCUGGUGAGAACCACUCACCAGGAUGAAGAAGUGUUCAAGCAGAUCUUUAUCCCCAUUUUACAAGGCCUGGCGCUUGCUGCCAAAGAGUGCUCCCUUGAAAGUGACUACUUUAAAUACCCCCUCAUGGCGCUGGGAGAGCUCUGUGAAACCAAGUUUGGGAAGACACACCCCGUGUGCAAUCUGGUGGCUUCCUUGCCGUUGUGGUUGCCUAAGUCCCUGAGCCCGGGGUCUGGGCGGGAGCUGCAGAGACUGUCUUACUUGGGGUCUUUUUUUAGCUUCUCGGUCUUCGCAGAAGAUGACGCUAAAGUGGUUGAAAAGUAUUUCUCAGGGCCUGCUAUUACCCUGGAAAACACCCGUGUGGUCAGCCAGUCACUGCAGCAUUACCUGGAGCUGGGAAGGCAAGAGCUCUUCAAGACUCUGCACAGUAUUCUGCUAAAUGGUGAAACCCGGGAGGCGGCCCUCAGUUACAUGGCGGCCGUCGUCAAUGCCAACAUGAAAAAAGCACAGAUGCAGACAGAUGACAGGUUGGUGUCUACAGAUGGAUUCAUGCUGAAUUUCCUCUGGGUGCUGCAGCAGCUCAGUACCAAGAUCAAGUUAGAGACGGUUGACCCCACGUAUAUAUUCCACCCGAGGUGUCGGAUCACUCUGCCCAUCGAUGAGACCAGAGUGAACGCCACGAUGGAGGACGUGAAGGAGUGGCUGGCGGAACUCUAUGGAGAUCAGCCUCCAUUUUCUGAGCCAAAAUUCCCUACGGAAUGCUUCUUCCUUACCCUGCACGCCCACCACCUCUCCAUCCUGCCGAGCUGCCGGCGCUACAUCCGCAGGCUCCGGGCCAUCCGGGAGCUCAAUAGAACCGUGGAGGAUUUGAAAAAUAAUGAAAGCCAAUGGAAAGAUUCCCCACUGGCAACCAGACACCGGGAAAUGCUGAAGCGCUGCAAAACGCAGCUGAAGAAACUGGUACGAUGCAAGGCCUGCGCUGACGCUGGGCUACUUGACGAGAGCUUCCUGCGAAGAUGUCUGAAUUUCUAUGGCCUUCUCAUCCAGCUGCUGCUCCGCAUCCUGGACCCCGCCUACCCCGACGUAACACUGCCUCUCAGUACAGACGUCCCCAAGGCGUUUGCAGCGUUGCCUGAGUUCUAUGUAGAAGAUGUUGCUGAAUUUUUAUUUUUUAUUGUACAGUACUCGCCUCAGGUGCUCUACGAGCCCUGCACUCAGGAUAUUGUGAUGUUCCUCGUCGUGAUGUUGUGCAACCAGAACUACAUCCGUAACCCGUACCUGGUGGCCAAACUGGUGGAAGUCAUGUUCAUGACCAACCCUGCUGUGCAGCCACGGACCCAGAAGUUCUUCGAAAUGAUCGAGAACCACCCUCUCUCCACCAAACUGUUGGUCCCGUCCCUGAUGAAGUUUUACACGGAUGUCGAGCAUACUGGAGCGACCAGCGAGUUCUAUGACAAGUUCACCAUCCGCUACCACAUCAGCACCAUUUUUAAAAGCCUCUGGCAAAACAUAGCUCACCACGGUACCUUCAUGGAGGAGUUCAACUCUGGGAAGCAGUUUGUUCGCUACAUCAACAUGCUGAUCAACGACACGACGUUUCUGCUCGAUGAAAGUCUGGAGUCCCUGAAGCGGAUCCACGAGGUGCAGGAGGAGAUGAAGAACAAGGAGCAGUGGGAGCAGCUGCCCCGGGACCAGCAGCAGGCCCGGCAGUCCCAGCUGGCUCAGGACGAGCGGGUGUCGCGCUCCUAUCUCGCCCUGGCGACGGAGACCGUGGACAUGUUCCACAUCCUCACCAAGCAGGUCCAGAAGCCCUUCCUCAGGCCGGAACUUGGACCCCGAUUGGCUGCAAUGCUGAACUUCAAUCUCCAGCAACUCUGCGGUCCCAAGUGCCGGGACCUGAAAGUUGAAAACCCCGAGAAGUACGGCUUUGAACCAAAGAAGCUGUUGGACCAGCUGACGGACAUUUACCUGCAGCUGGACUGUCCGCGGUUCGCCAAAGCCAUCGCCGACGACCAGAGAUCCUAUAGCAAAGAGUUGUUUGAAGAAGUCAUUUCGAAGAUGCGGAAGGCAGGGAUCAAAUCCACCAUCGCCAUAGAGAAGUUUAAACUCCUCGCCGAGAAGGUGGAGGAGAUAGUGGCCAAGAACGCGCGGGCCGAGAUCGACUACAGCGACGCUCCAGACGAGUUCCGAGACCCUCUGAUGGACACCCUGAUGACUGACCCCGUGCGCCUGCCUUCCGGCACCAUCAUGGACCGCUCCAUCAUUCUGCGGCACCUGCUCAACUCCCCCACCGACCCCUUCAACCGGCAGACGCUGACCGAGAGCAUGCUGGAGCCAGUGCCAGAGCUGAAAGAGCAGAUUCACGCCUGGAUGCGAGAGAAGCAGAACAGUGACCAUUAAACGUCCCUGUCCACCCUCUGCUCGCAGCAGCCACAGCCAGCGCGGCAAGCAGCAGCAGCAUCGAGGCGAAACGCUCUCCACACGUGGCGGCCAGACGUGGCGAGGACACCGAGAGCCCACCCAACGCGACCACGCGGCGGCCACCGGCAAGGACACGCCCGAGACAGAGCCCACUUCCUGUACAUAUAUUUAAUGACAGACCUGUCAGAAGCUCGAGGGACACACUGAUUGGCGGCUGGUGUAACGAAGCGCGUCCUUCGUAUGUCAGUUUGGGGCUUUCGCAGCGGAAGUUUUUAGUGAUUGAUAAUGAAUGGGUUUGGGCAGCAUCCCCUCCACCUUUUUUUUUUUUUUUUUUUUUUUCCCCCUAAAUUCAAUAUCCAUUGAUUUGAUUGUGAUUAGAGAACCUUGGACAUUUUGCUGCUAAAGAAUCUCUCCCCUUCCCUCCCCCUCCUGCCCCAACUUGCACUGCUGUGGAUUUUUUUUAAGAGAAACAAAAACAAAAAUAAAUUCCUUUCCCUGGCUCUCCAAACAUAUAUUCUGUGAGAUAACUGUGCCUGCAACGAAGUGUUAAUCCCAGGAUCGUAUUUUUAUAUCAUAUUCACAUACUUGUUUUUUUUAAUUGGUGUUAGAUGACAUGAUUAAUAAAAAAGGCAAGAUAUUUUCAGAAUUCGAAUUUCAGUUUUUAUUUUUGAAAUGGCCCUUAAACUUUUUUUUUUUUUUUUUAAUUCUAAGCAAAAUGAAGAGAAUCCUGUUGCUCUGACCCUUGUCAUAAACCCUCUCUAGGAACCUAAGGAGCAGCUGCAGCAAGUCUAUCAGGAUUAAAUGUCUUAGGGUUUGGGGGCGGGAGGUUGGUGUUUUUAAUGCUUCAUGACAGUUGGAAACCUUUACAGUUAUCCUAGGAGGGUCCAUCAAUUCCUCAGCUCUCGGGUCUGUGAGUUCAAGGCAGGGGUCAUCUGCAUGAUGUGUCCUUUGGGGCUUGGCCUUACCAAAGCGAAAAAGGGGUGCAAGGAAUGUCUGCUUGUCAAAACACACACAGGCAAACGCCCACACACACGCACAGAAACGUCAGACUUUUUGUAUUACUGCUCCCUACUUAACAUACUUGAAUUCUCUAAUUUCCUUUGGGGUAAAAAAGGAUUUGAAACCAUAAAGUGUUUUGAAGAAAUUAAAUCUACAAAAACUUUCUUUUUCUUUUCCUUUUUUCCCCCCUCCACAGACAGUGUCUUCUGUUCAUUUCCUAAUGCAAACUACAAUAAAUGGUGAUACACACUUAGAAGGCA